AUAUAUUGAAUCAAAUGCGAAUUGGCGGCUGUAAGAGAGACAUUACUGUGUCGGAGACAUGCGAGGAGCUCAAGCUUUAAACUUCCUUCGCAGAACAACCACGUUAGCUCAACACAUACGUUCCACGGCGGCGACUCGUUUGGAGUUUGGUUCGUGCCUCGAAGCAAAUCCUAACGACCGAGUUUACACCCAUAACCGCAAGAUAGAUGAUUUAUUAAAAUCCGGUGACCUAAUAUCUGCACACGAGGUGUUCGAUGAAAUGUCCCUACGAGAUGUCAUCACUUAUAAUCUGAUGAUAUCUGGGAACAGCCGAAACGGGUGUUCUGUAAAAGCGUUCGAGCUCUACGCGGAGAUGGUCUCUCAUGGUCUUAGAGAGAGCGCUUCCACGUUUCCUUCUGUUCUUAGUGUAUGUAGUGGUGAUGAAUGGUUAUGCAGAGAAGGGAUUCAAGUUCACUGCAGGGUGAUCUUUCUUGGGUUUGAGUGUAAUAUGUUCGUUAGGUCUGCACUUGUGGGUCUCUAUGCUUCCUUGCGGCUUGUUGAUGUUGCUCUGAAGCUGUUCCAUGAAAUGCCGGAGAGAAAUUUAGCUGUUUGUAAUUUGAUGUUGAGAUGUUUUGGCGAGAGUGGAGAUUCACAGGGGUUGUUUGGAGUGUAUCGUAGGAUGGGAGUUGAAGGUGUUGAUGAGAACGGGUUGAGUUAUUGUUAUAUGAUCCGUGGUUGUUCUAAUGAUCGGUUGUUAUGUGAAGGCAAGCAAUUGCAUUCUCUAGUGGUUAAAUCUGGUUGGAAUGUUUGUAAUGUAUUUGUGGCUAAUGCGCUUGUGGACUUGUACUCUGCUUGUGGUGAUCUAUACGGUUCUAAGACAUCAUUUGAAGCUGUCCCGGAACAGGAUGUGAUAUCGUGGAACUCGAUUGUUUCUGUGUUUUCAGAUUACGGGUCUGUGCUCGAGUCUCUUAAUUUGUUUAGAAAGAUGCAGUUUUGGGGGAAGAGACCUUCUGUGAAGUCAUUCAUGUCGUUUCUGAAUUUUUGUAGUAGAAAUAGUGAUAUUCAGUCUGGGAAGCAGAUCCAUUGUUAUGUCUUCAAAAUGGGUUUUGUCGUUUCAAGUCUUCAUGUCCAAUCUGCUUUAAUUGACAUGUACGGCAAAUGCAAUGACAUUGAGAGUUCUUGUCUGUUCACCAGAGCUUGCCUUGCCUGACUCUGGAGUGUUGUAACUCGCUGAUGACUUCUAUGAUGCACUGUGGCAUCGCUAAAGAUAUCAUCGAGAUGUUUGGUUUGAUGAUUGAUGAAGGAACUGGAAUCGACGAAGUCACUCUUUCUACUGUCCUUAAGGCUUUAUCAGUCUCUGAAGCAGUAACUUCACAUAGCUGCACGCUUGUACAUUGCUGUGCCAUCAAAUCCGGAUACGCAUCUGAUGCUGCAGUCUCGUGCUCUCUAAUCGAUGC